AUGUCGAGGAAAGCAGGAAAGCGAACGUCUAUCAGUGACUUGCUUAAAGAUACUGAUUAUCAUGAAGGGAAUGAAGUUGUAGUAAAACCGAUGUCUAAUAUAGAAGCGCUGACUCACCUGAAAGGCCUUAUUUUGUACCAAGAGCAAUCUCCCGACGAAGUAUUUACUUCAGAUGAGCUAAAUGCUCUGCGUCGCAAGAUAUCAACUUUUGAAUAUUUGAUAGAUAAAGCAAAAAAGCAAUCAUCGCUAGAUUGUUAUUUGGAGAAAUAA